AAUUGUUGCCUUGUUGCCGACUACUGAAUCCUUAUGCGGAUCAUGCAAUUGGGUCAUUUUGCCUUUGCAAAUGGAACCAAUUUGAAAGUUGGACAAACUCACGCAACGCGGUCGUUUCCUCCCUGGAAGACCCCAAAGUGAGCACAGUGCGAAGUUUGAGUGAGAGAGGGGCACAAAUGCGAACGGAGGGACGUCUUUCACGCCUCCUCCUCUUUCCUCUCGUGCGCUGACGAGAGUUGUUGGGCGGACGGCGGCGGCUGCGGCUCCAGUUUUUGCGCGUCGACGACGUGAUGUGCGCGCCUUGAAUUCCAUCGGGAAGCCUUUCGCCGAUUGCCGCUGUCGAAUUUGCGCCGCGCGCGCGACUCGGAUGUGCAGCUUCCAGGGGAGGCGGAGGUCGUCAUGUACCAGGGAAUGAUGAGCGCCAACCACCACGGGCACCCUUCGUACGAGGCCGGCGGCUUCCUCCACAACGCGGCCUCGGGCACCCCGCCUGUCUACGUGCCCAGCACCCGGGUGCAGGUCGCGCCGAUGAUCCCCGGGCUGUCCUACCUGCAGACGCCCGGCGCGUCGCAGACGAGCGCGCCGGCGUCCGGCCACGCCGCCUGGGCUCAGCCGGGGGUCGACCCCUCGUAUAACCACUCCCCGGUGUCGCCGCGGUUCAGCUUCUCGGCCAGCCCGCCUCUGUCCUCCGGGGCCAAGGAGCAGGCGGCGGCGGCUGCGGCGGCCUCGUCCCCCUACGGGGGAGGCUCGCUCAGCAUUUCGGCCAGCGGCCGAGAGCACUACGGCGCCCGGGGCCUCGGCGGCUCCUACCACAGCCCUUACCCGGCGUACGUGAGCGGCAAUGCGGGCGGGACGUGGUCCGCGUCCCCCUUCGACAGCCCGGUCCUCCACGGCCUGCAGGCAGGCGCUCCCGCGAGCGCCGCGCGACACUCCAACAUUGACCUGUUUGACGACUUCGCCGAGGGCCGAGAGUGCGUCAACUGCGGCGCCAUGUCCACGCCGCUGUGGAGGCGGGACGGCACGGGCCACUACCUGUGCAACGCCUGCGGUCUCUACCACAAGAUGAACGGCAUCAACAGGCCCCUCAUCAAGCCCCAGAGGCGACUGUCGGCCUCCAGGAGGGUGGGCCUGUCCUGCACCAACUGUCACACCACCACCACCACCCUGUGGCGGCGGAACGCCGAAGGCGAGCCCGUCUGCAACGCCUGCGGCCUCUACAUGAAACUGCACGGGGUCCCGCGGCCCCUCGCCAUGAAAAAAGAGGGGAUCCAGACCCGCAAGCGCAAACCCAAGAACCUGAACAAGAGCCAAACUGGGCCUCUGAGCAACGAGGGGACGCCCGUGACGACCGGCGGGCCCCCCCGUGGCCCCGCCUCCUCCUCUUCCUCUUCCUCCUGCUCCUCAUCCUCCUCCUCGAUGUCCGAGGAGGUCCGGCAGAUCAAGACGGAACCGGAGACUCCCGGCUUGUACGCGCACAACGGCGCGCACGUGCAGCUCUCAUCUCUGCCCGCCUACACGACGACUCAAGGCGGAGCCCUCGCCCUCAAGAUGCCCCCCGGGGGCCACGGCGGCCCCUCGGGCUCCAAGGCCGAGCCGUGGAACAACCUCAUCCUGGCUUAGACGUGGGGGCGGGUGGG